AUGUCAAACAAGGUAGAGCUGAACAAGUAUGGACGACCCGUAGGAUGGCAUGGGCAAUCCUGGGCGUACUACAAAGGGAUGAUGAAACUGACCUUUGAGGAAAAGGAUGUGCUGGAUUAUGCUACGGGAAACAAGAUUCUCGUAGGAAACGCAAGUGCAAACGAAGUGAAAGCGUUUCGAGAGGCACAAGUAACAAUAAAGCAGCUUAUUCUUGCUUCCCUAUCAAUGGAGUUGGGGCAGCGUGUGAUGACGAAAGCAACUGGCACCGAGAUGUGGAAAUACUUGGAAGACUUUUACGAGGGAAAGAAUAAUGCUGCAACGAGAACAAACCAAGAAAUUAUCCUUUACAACAAGUUAAACGCGAUGAAGUGCAAACCUAAUUGGGACGUUGCGCAACACGUGGAAAACAUGUUCAUGAUUAAAGAUCAAUUGGUCGCUGUGAACGCAGGUAUUCGGGACCCGAUCUUUACGCAGAUGUUAAUUCGAUCGUUGCCGGCGAAUGCGCGCUUUGAUCGUCUGAGAGGCAUGGUUGAAAGCGGGGACGACAAGGCGGACACUUCGGAAAAAUUGAAAGAUCAGAUUUUGCGAAUGGAUAGUUUUAACAAGUGUGAUCGGGAGCUUGGUGCCCAUGGUGUCAUUGGAAAUGUGCAGGACAAUGGAAGCAGUCAAACAUCCAAGAACCGGCAAAACGCUAGCUGUGCAAGAUCACAUAUCGGAACCAGAAAGUUAAUAGCUGCCGACAAAGUACUCCAAAGCACGACUUCACAGGCGGAUAAGCAGCAUGGAAACUGCUUUAAUUGUCAUAAGCCUGGACACCGCAUGAGAAACUGUCCUAUAAUGAAGAAACCAAAAACGAGUGAUUAUCAGGUGGCAUUUGCACAGCAUCCGAAGAAUGAGCUUGCGGAUGGAUGUCAAGAAAAGCCGGAUGAACUGAUGGUGAUGGCAAAGAACAAGCUGUCAACGAGGGAAAAUACUCCAGACAGAAACUGCACACAACGACAAUGGUGUCUUGACAAUGCGUCGAAUGUACAUGUGGCUUCUGAUUUACGAUACUUUAUUGAUUAUAGCGCAUUUGAUAACAAUGCACAAGCUCAAUGUAUCCGAGGAUUUCAGAAGCACUUUAAAACAAAGCCGAUUGGUCAGGGAACCGUUCAGAUACUUGUUCAAAACGGAUCAAGCAGCAACAUGAUAACACUUUAUGACGUAUUAUACGUUCCUGACUGUAUGAAUUUAAUUUCUCACACACAAGUCGAGGACCAAGGACAUACUGUGAAGUAUUGCAUCCGAGAGGGAGAAAGAUUCUACGAGCUUUGGCAGCAUAAUCGGAAGCUGCUGAACAUCAAAAGAGAUGACUGUGGUCUUUUCACAUUUAAUGCCAUCAAUGAUUUUCUAUCACAAACGAGUGACAGGGGUGAACUGCUGAUCACAGAUAAGUGCUUCCGUCCUCAGGUAAAUCAUACGCGCGCACAAGGGCGCGCUGAUAUCCAACGGUGGCACGAAAGGCUGGGCCAUCUUAAUCCACAGUACGUGAAGCUCAUGGCAGAUCGCAAGCUAGUAGACGGAAUGUCACUAAGCCCAAAACAAUUUAUUGAUUGCGAAGCAUGCCACAUUGGUAAAGACCGACAACGUACACGUCAUCAGCAUUUGAUGCGUGAUAUAACGACGAAGAAUCAAGUGAUAUUUGUCGAUUUACUUUUUCCGAAGUACAGCUCAAGCCCAAGAGCGUAUAAGGCGGUACUUGUUGUAGUAGAUGGAUACUCCCGGUAUACUACGGUGUACCCACUUUACUCAAAGAACGCAUCGGAAGUAAAUACAGCCAUCAAACGAUACAUUUCCUGGGCAGAGCGUCAAUUUCCCGCAAAUAAGGUCAAGCAAGUGAUAUCUGACGGCGGAGGGGAAUUUGUAAAUGGGGAGAUUACCCGUUGCACACCAAACCCUAAUUCACAUGAUGAAGGCAAUGAUGGCGUCCGCAAAGCUACCAAAAUCGUUUUGGAUGCAUGCGCUUGA